GAGCGAGAGGCGGCGGAAUGGUGGACUACCACGCGGCGAACCAGUCGUACCAGUACGGCCCCAGCAGCGCCGGCAAUGGCGCCGGCGGCGGGGGCAGCAUGGGCGACUACAUGGCCCAGGAGGACGACUGGGACCGGGACCUGCUGCUGGACCCGGCCUGGGAGAAGCAGCAGCGCAAGACCUUCACAGCCUGGUGCAACUCCCACCUGCGGAAGGCCGGCACGCAGAUCGAGAAUAUUGACGAGGACUUUCGAGACGGGCUCAAGCUGAUGCUCCUCCUGGAAGUCAUUUCAGGGGAGCGGUUACCUAAGCCGGAGCGGGGCAAGAUGAGGGUGCACAAAAUCAACAACGUGAACAAAGCACUGGACUUCAUCGCCAGCAAAGGAGUCAAGCUGGUCUCCAUCGGGGCAGAAGAGAUUGUGGACGGCAAUGCAAAGAUGACUCUGGGGAUGAUCUGGACCAUCAUCCUCAGGUUCGCCAUCCAGGAUAUCUCUGUGGAAGAGACCUCUGCCAAGGAAGGACUCCUGCUCUGGUGCCAGAGGAAAACGGCGCCGUACAAGAACGUCAACGUUCAGAACUUCCACAUCAGCUGGAAGGACGGUCUUGCCUUCAAUGCUCUGAUCCACCGGCACCGGCCCGAGCUGAUUGAGUAUGACAAGCUAAGGAAGGACGACCCAGUCACCAACCUGAACAAUGCCUUCGAAGUGGCUGAGAAAUACCUGGACAUCCCCAAAAUGUUGGAUGCAGAGGACAUCGUGAACACGGCCCGGCCCGACGAGAAGGCCAUAAUGACCUAUGUGUCCAGCUUCUACCAUGCCUUUUCGGGAGCGCAGAAGGCUGAGACUGCAGCCAACCGGAUCUGCAAGGUGCUGGCUGUCAAUCAGGAGAAUGAACACCUGAUGGAAGAUUAUGAGAGGCUGGCCAGUGACCUCCUGGAGUGGAUCCGGCGCACCAUCCCCUGGCUGGAAGAUCGCGUGCCCCAAAAGACCAUCCAAGAGAUGCAGCAAAAGCUGGAGGACUUCCGUGACUACCGGCGUGUCCAUAAGCCUCCCAAGGUGCAGGAGAAAUGCCAGCUGGAGAUCAACUUCAACACGCUGCAGACCAAGCUUCGCCUCAGCAACCGACCCGCCUUCAUGCCCUCUGAGGGCAGGAUGGUCUCGGACAUCAACAACUGCUGGCAGCACCUGGAGCAGGCCGAGAAGGGCUACGAGGAGUGGCUGCUGAAUGAGAUUCGCAGGCUGGAGCGGCUCGACCACCUGGCAGAGAAGUUCCGGCAGAAGGCCUCCAUCCAUGAGGCCUGGACUGAUGGGAAGGAAGCCAUGCUGAAGCACCGGGACUAUGAGACCGCCACCCUGUCAGACAUCAAAGCCCUCAUCCGAAAGCACGAGGCCUUCGAGAGCGACUUGGCCGCACAUCAGGACCGCGUGGAGCAGAUCGCAGCUAUAGCGCAGGAGCUCAAUGAGCUGGAUUACUAUGACUCCCAUAAUGUCAACACCCGGUGCCAGAAGAUUUGCGACCAGUGGGACGCCCUUGGCUCUCUGACCCACAGUCGCAGGGAAGCUUUAGAGAAAACGGAGAAGCAGCUGGAGACCAUUGACCAGCUGCAUCUGGAAUACGCCAAGCGGGCAGCUCCCUUCAACAACUGGAUGGAGAGUGCCAUGGAGGAUCUCCAGGACAUGUUCAUUGUCCACACCAUCGAGGAGAUCGAGGGCCUGAUCUCCGCCCACAACCAGUUCAAGUCAACGCUGCCGGAUGCCGACAGGGAACGGGAGGCCAUUCUGGCCAUCCACAAGGAGGCCCAGAGGAUCGCCGAGAGCAACCACAUCAAACUCUCAGGCAGCAACCCCUACACCACCGUCACCCCCCAGAUUAUCAACUCCAAGUGGGAGAAGGUACAGCAACUGGUGCCUAAGCGGGACCACGCCCUCCUGGAGGAGCAGAGCAAGCAGCAGUCCAACGAGCACCUCCGCCGCCAGUUCGCCAGCCAGGCCAACAUUGUGGGGCCCUGGAUCCAGACCAAGAUGGAGGAGAUCGGGCGCAUCUCCAUCGAGAUGAACGGGACCCUGGAGGACCAGCUGAGCCACCUGAAGCAGUACGAGCGCAGCAUUGUGGACUACAAGCCGAACCUGGACCUGCUGGAGCAGCAGCACCAGCUCAUCCAGGAGGCCCUCAUCUUCGACAACAAGCACACCAACUACACCAUGGAGCACAUCCGUGUGGGCUGGGAGCAGCUGCUCACCACCAUCGCCCGUACCAUCAACGAGGUCGAGAACCAGAUCCUCACCCGUGACGCCAAGGGCAUCAGCCAGGAACAGAUGCAGGAGUUCCGGGCCUCCUUCAACCACUUCGACAAGGACCACGGCGGGGCGCUGGGGCCAGAGGAGUUCAAGGCCUGCCUCAUCAGCCUGGGCUACGACGUGGAGAAUGACCGGCAGAAGCAGACAGGCAGCAUGGACUCCGAUGACUUCAGGGCUCUGCUUAUCUCCACAGGAUACAGCCUGGGCGACGCUGAGUUCAACCGAAUCAUGAGCGUGGUUGACCCCAACCACAGCGGCCUUGUGACCUUCCAAGCCUUCAUCGACUUCAUGUCCAGGGAGACCACUGACACAGACACAGCUGACCAGGUCAUCGCCUCCUUCAAGGUCCUGGCUGGGGACAAGAACUUCAUCACGGCCGAGGAGCUGCGGAGAGAGCUGCCUCCGGACCAGGCCGAGUAUUGCAUCGCCCGCAUGGCGCCGUACCAGGGGCCCGACGCCGCGCCGGGUGCCCUCGACUACAAGUCCUUCUCCACAGCCCUGUACGGCGAGAGUGACCUGUGAGGUCCCCGACCCGACUCCCCUCCUCACAGCCUCCAGAAGGGGCUGGUGGAGCCCCUCUGCCCCCCUCCCCAGCUGGGGCCCUCUCUGGUCCGUUCCUCCGACUCUGUAUCUAUGCAAAGCACUCUGUCAGUCCUUCCUGGGGUGGGCGGGGUGGGCAGGGAGGGGCUGGGGCCGGCUCUCUCCUCUCUCUCUGGUUGGCCAGGAGGUUCUCUCCCCCUCCCCAUGGCUAGGGGGAUGGGAGACUUUCGGGGUCAGCAUUUCUGGUUUGGUAAAUAUAUAUAUUGUUUUGUUUUUUAACUAUGUGGAGGGGACGGUGGAUCCCCACAGCAAAACAGGUCCCCUCUGAGCUCUAGGAACGCCCUCCACACCCCGCCCCUUCCUUUGCUCCUGAGGUCCCUUCAAAGCCUCCCACAUCCAGGCCAAAGCCCUACGUGCCUUGUCCAGGAACCACCCGCACCUGAGAUGGGCCCAGCAGGGGGCGCCACAGCUACCCAACAGGAAAGAGGACCCCACCCGCUCCCUGCCCCCUCCCCCCCUCCUUCCUUUGUAAGUGUCCAGAGAUGAGGGGGUGCUGCCCGCCUUUCCUGCAGCAGAGGACUAGGGUUGGGCAGACCAGCCUUUUGCCCCUGCCCCCAACCAACCCCCACUUUGCUUUGUCUGGACCUGAGUCUGAUUUUCUAAGGACCAAACAAACAAACA